ACCCGAUAAAUUACGUAUUUUAGCUUUCCUUAGAAAUACUGGUCAUUGUUCUAUAAAACAGGCCCAUACUUUUAGUCUCUCAUAUUGAUUGCAUCCCAGGUCGAAGCAGGCAAAAUGGCAGGAUCUCUCAGCAAAUGUGAGAUAGCUGUCAUAGGGGUCGGCUUCAAGGGACCAGGGGCUGACAACUUGGAACAACUGUGGAUGGUCCUCGAAAAUGGAGAGAACAAAAUCUCGGAAAUCCCGAAAGACCGAUGGAACAGCGAUGCUUUUUAUGACUCUGACACCGAGGCUACCGGGAAAUACUACUCAAGAAAAGCUGGCUUGCUUUCCAACCCUCACGAGUUUGAUUGUAGCUUCUUCAAUAUUAGUGAGAUCGAAUCGGAACAGAUGGAUCCCCAACAAAAGUUUGUGUUGGAGUGUACUUACAGGGCCAUGGAACAUGCAGGAAUAACACGAGACAAGAUAAAAGGCUCAAAGACAGGUGUCUUUAUAGGCGCAAUGAACUGUGACUAUCGAGGCAUGUUUCCAGCGAGAUCUGCAGGGGUGAGUAACUACACCGUCACGGGCAUUUCCAACAGCAUCAUCGCUUCCAGAGUGUCCUUCACCUUUGAUCUACGGGGACCAUGCUUGGUUCUAGACACAGGCUGCUCUUCUGCAUUGAUCGCCAUCCACACAGCGUCACACGCAUUGACUUUAGGUGACUGUUCCAUGGCUAUCUGUGGAGGCACUAAUUUCAUGGCUACCCCAGACGUCUUUGUCCACCUCAGCAAAGCUCAGAUGCUCUCCCGUUCUGGUCAGUGCCAUGCUUUCUCUGACCAAGCGGAUGGAUACACGAGAGGUGAAGGUUGCGGCAUUGUCAUUUUGAAGAAACUUUCAGACGCUGAGAGGGAUAAUGACCCCAUUCUUGCGGUUAUCACUACUGGAACCAAUCAAGAUGGCCACACGGUGACGCCAAUCUCUGCCCCAUCCAUGUCUCAACAGAUACAGUUACUUGAAGAGAUGUACCGAGAUUUGAGUCUGGAACAACUUGAUGAAAUAGAAUACAUUGAGGCUCAUGGUACUGGAACACAGGCGGGAGAUUACGCUGAAGCCAAUGCACUGGGACAGUUUUACAAAAACAAAGGUUCAUCUAAAAAGCGACUCAUAGGGUCCAUCAAAACAAAUAUAGGUCACUUGGAGUCAGCUGCUGGUGCUGCUGGACUGAUAAAAGUCAUACUGAUGAUGGAGCACAAUAAAAUUGUCCCUUCACUUUUCUCGGAGAGACCGAAUAAAAGAAUCAAUUUUGAUGAUUUAAACCUGGUUGUGCCACCUAAAGUACGAGAAUGGUCAACAGAAAAGAAAGUUGCGUGCGUAAACAGCUUCGGAUUUGGCGGCUCCAACUGCCAUGCCAUAGUAAGGUCAUAUAAGGCUCCUAAUUCUGGGCAGCACAAAAGUAGACAAUGCGAAAAGAAAAUGUGUAUUGUUUGCUUUAGUGGGAAAACCGUCGAAUCUCUGAAAGGAAGCUUGAAGGACUUUUUGAACUUCUCUUGCAUAGAGGCACUAGAUAUCCAUGAUGUGUCCUUUACAUCAACUGUACGCCGGAGUCACUACAAAUAUCGCAGAGCCUUUGUUGCUGAUAGCAUGAAGGAACUGAUGGAAUCACUAAGAUUGGAAGCUGAACAAGUAAACGCAAGUAGAAUGAUAAAAAAUACGUCGAUUGUCUUUGUUUUCGGAGGCAUGGGAACAUCGUGGAAUGGGAUGUGCAGAGAGCUGUUGACUGAAAGUCAAACAUUUGUCACAGUCAUCAAUGAGAUUGAAGAGUGCCUGAAGGCUUAUGUUAACUGGUCAUUAAAACAAAAGCUAAAUGAAGGCAUCGACCCUAAUGACCCCCUCCUAUCUCCUAUAGCUAUUUUUGCCUGUCAGGUUGGUUUAGCAAAGGUCUGGCAAAGUCUGGGAAUUAAGCCUACAUUUGUGGUUGGUCAGUCUGUCGGAGAAGUGGCUGCUGCAUACACCGCUGACCAUUUGUCUCUUCAGGAUGCAGUCAAAGUGAUUUACAAGAGAUCUCUUCUUCUCAGCAAAGUUGUUGGUGGAAACAUGUUCAUUGUAAGAAACAUGAAUGUUAAGGAUGUCAAAAAAGAAAUAGAAUGCUAUCACGGUAAAGCCACUGUUUCCGUUGAAUACAGCCCUGUUUCUUGCGCCAUCAGUUCUAUCUCAGAGAAUGUAGAGGAAAUUAAAACCAAACUACAAAAAAAUGCUCGUAGUCAAGGCCAGGAUGUUACAUUUACUGAUCUACACGUGCCCACAGCUUAUCACAGUCAGCGCAUGGACUGCAUUAAAGAAGAGUUAUUCCAGGAGCUGAUCUCUAUCCAUCCCCGGGAAGCUUCCAGUUGUCUAAUGAUUUCAACUGUUACAGGUGAUCAAUUGCAGGGACAGCUUGACGCAGGUUACUGGGCAGAAAACCUAAGGGAGCCUGUUCGUUUUUAUGACGCAAUCAGACACACUUACAACGCAAACCAAAACAACCUCUACAUUGAAAUUAGCCCUAGACCUGUCCUUAAAGCUCACAUGCAGGAUAUUUUCAAAGAAGAAAAUGUUGAAAUUUUCACUUCCAUGACCCCAAUGAGAGAGUGGAGAUGUUUUCUGCAAUCAGUCGCUGAACUUUAUAGUCAAGGUGUUGAUAUUGACUGGACAAAAUUUUCAAACUAUGGGCGAGCUGUCACUCCAGUACCCCGGUACUGCUUAAUAAACAAAAGUGGUUAUUACAAAAGUGAAGCAGGGCACCUGGCACUAUCAGGUGUAAACACUUUGAGAUUAGAACAUCCUUAUGUUUAUAAAGUAAACAGCACAGAAUCGUUGGUACAAAUCUCACCAGAAACAUUUGGUUCAGUUUAUGAUCACAGAAUUUCCAACAUGUUAUUUUUGCCUGGUGCAUUUUACCCAGAAAUUGGUUUUGCUCUUUCCAAGCUUCACUCAGGCAUGAACGCUCCAUUGUAUUCAGUUUCAGCUCAGUUCGAACAACCAUUUAAUCUUCCUCGUGAAGGGGUAACUGUUUUAAAGAUUGAAUGCACCAAAGUUUUGACGAGCCAUAUGGAAACUCAAGUGCACGAGAGCUACACUACACUAAUACAACACGAAGGUAAAACUUAUGCUACCUUAAAGCUAGAGCCAUUAAGUUCAAGACCACAGAUUCCUCCAGAAAACAUACAGUUUUUGAAAGGCAAAUGCACUCAGGGGGUUUUGAAAAAAGACAUAUACAUGUUUUUAAAACAAUAUGGCUUCACUUACGGGCCAAGAUAUUCUCUUCUAGAAGAAGCACAGAAAUGCGACAACCAAUGCUUGGCUCAGAUUGUAAUUCCAGACUCACUGGCUCAGGAACUACCUGGUACAACACUUCAUCCAUCAAUCAUUGAUGCUAUGAUGCAAGCAUCAGUUAUUUUGUUAGAUGACAAAGAAAAAACAAAAGAACUUUUCCCAAGAUCCAUUGCCAGUCUUGUAUGCUAUAGAGAAAUAGAGAGCAAGAUGUUUGUUAUCGCCACAAAGAAAGGAAAAGAUGGCUAUCUUUCUUACUAUGAUAUUAAACUAACAACUUUAGAAGGUCAAGUAAUAGCAGUCAUGAAGAAUCUAUCACACAAGACAUUGUCCAGUGAGGAAGACAGUACUGAAGGUUUUUACAAAUGUGUUUGGUCCAAAAAAAGUCAAAUUAACUGCAAAGAAAAUGACAAAGAGCCCAAAGUUUUGUUCAUCACAGAUUUUGUUCCGACAAAUACUCCAGAAUAUGUCAAGAAUAAUUGUAUCACAUUUAGUCUCAAAGAUCAACCCAGCGAUGUAUUGAGUAAUAACGUGGCUAAAAAAACAGACUCAUUUGAUUUUGUUGUAGUCCUUCUAUUGAAAUGUGAUAUCAAGGAAUCUGAAGAUGGCGAUGUAGUCCAAGAAAAAGUCUUAAAUCUUUGUUUGUUUCUUCAGCAGCUCUAUAGUUGGGCUUUUAGUGAAAGACUUCAGAAAACAAUUUUCAUAAUGACCAAAGAUGCUGUAGCACUAGAAGUAGAUAAAGGUGAGGGCAAUGCUUUAGAAAGCAGCAUAAACCCAAUAUUGACAUCUGCUUGGGGAAUGUUGAGAUGUGUACUUAGAGAGCCUUUAUAUGAAGACGUCAUUGCCAUCGAUCUACACAUGCCACAAAAAGACAUAAGCCUACUAUCCAUUGCUGCUUUAGCUGAUACGAUCAACAGCGAUCCAAAACUCAAAGCAUACCCAGAGUUCAUAGUAACAGAAAAAGAAAUGUAUGUGAAUCAAAUAGCUAAACUUGGGAAAGACACGCGAGUGCCAAAUUUCAGGCUGAACCACACAGAUAACAACACCGAUUAUCUUAUAUUGAGCAGCAAUUCGUCUACAUUGGAAAGGACAAUCUGUGUCUACAACAGCCUUCCAGAUUUAAAUCAAACUAAAGAAACCCAUGUAGAAAUAACAAUUUCUGAAUCAGCGAUUCACCAUUAUGAUCUGUAUCAUUUAUAUCUACCAUACACUGACGAGAGAUAUUCAGAGACUGGUAAGGAAAUUAAACCAGCAAACAUUGCAGAAGAGGGUUUUUGGUUACAUGUUCUUGAGAGCAGUGGACAGUUGAGGAGCGACUCUAAUCAGACAAGGAAUGUAGUAUGCUGCUUCCCGACACCUUUGUCUUCAAAAGUCAAAGUACCGAAAGAUACCAUCAUCGACACCAACAUGUUGCGUCAGUAUAAGCCAGGGGAUUUAACAAAGAUAAUUGUAUUGUUUUCACUUUGUCUUCGAGUGAAAACAAACACAGUUACUGUCCUUGCUUCAGACACUACAUUCCAUCUUGCACAAUGUUUGAUUAUUAUGCUGAAGACAUUCGACUCCACCAUAAAGGUUGACGUUUUAAGAAUUGAACAGUUACAUAAGAAAGUCGAAAUAGAAGAAACUGUGGUAUCCCUCAUACUGACAGACGCAAGAAUAAUUUCUACAAUAGCAUCAAUGUCAAGAAAACCAAAACAUUUUGUAACAGUGUACUCAUUAAUGGAAGAGGUGAUGACGCUUUUCUCGGUAAAAUUACCAACUACACAACUUGACCUACUGGACCAGAAACAUCUGUUGUCCCCUCAUAAUCUGACCACUCUAGUUCCUCAAAUAAAUGAAUGGAUCACUAAAUACAAGUCAGAGACUGACACUUUGCUGCAAUGUAUCCACGAGCAAGAUCAGUCCCAUAAGUCUCAUGUUACUGGGGCCCUUGAUCUUGGGAGACUACUUAAUGUUGAAAUCUACAAAAUGACCAAUGGCUAUGUCAGGGCUGGAAAGUCAGAUUUUUUUCGUAAGGAAGGUGUAUACCUGGUUGUUGGUGGCCUAACUGGGCUGGGCUGCUUAACUGUAAGGUUUUUGGCAGAAAGUGGCGCUGGAGGUGUUGCUAUUUUAAACCGAAGGGCCGCAACUGAGAAACAAAAAACUGAUAUUCUUGAGCUCAGCAAAAGUAACAAUUGUCUGAUACAAGACUUUGUUGGAGACUGCUCUAAAUUUGACGUUUUGAAAAAUGUAUUCACAGAAAUCACAAAUAAGUUUCCUAACAAAGUUCUUAGAGGUGUUUUCUUUAGUGCUGCAGUCCUGGAAGACAAGCCUCUACUAGAGUUGUCAAGGGAUGAUUUUUACAAUGUCCUUCUGCCUAAAGUCCAAGGAGCCUGGAAUGUGCACCUCUUGACUAAAAGCUUGCCCUUGGAUUAUUUUGUUCUCUACUCAUCAGUCACUUCGAUUAUUGGCAAUAUCAAUCAAACAAAUUACGGCGCAGGAAACGCCUUUUUAGACGGUUUGGCGUUUUACAGAAGGGCCAAUGGCCUGGCUGCUCAGAGCGUGACUUGGGGUACUCUUGAUCUAGGGCUGCUGGAAGGCAAUGAAGAAGCAAAGAAAAAACUCGAGUCCAAAGGAUUUUUGAUCAUGUCUAAGGAAGACACGUAUGAGGCGAUGACACCCGUGCUUCUGUUCGAUAUGCCACUAAUUAUGCCUUGUCAGCUGGAUGAGAAGGUCAUAUUGGAGAGAAGAGCAGCAGACACACCUCUGCGACUUCAGAGCAGGCUUGAGUCCAUCUUUCACUGGUCGUCAACUGAGAGUGUGCGAGUCCAGGAUGACAUUCUGCGACAGCUGAACGAGGUGCGCGAGAAAACUCGAGACCAGCGCCUCUUUGUGUUUGAAAACUACAUUUGUAAUCUGGCCUCGCAGGUUCUCAGUCUGCCGGAUGGAACACUGAAACCCGACUCCAGCGUUGGGGAUUUCGGGUUUGAUUCUAUUGUCGCCAUGACAAUGACCAAUAAUAUCUAUAGACAAACCGGCUGCAGGCUACACGUGAUACUAUUUCUGAACGGACAAAGCACUAUCAGAGACAUUGCCGUCAGAAUGGAUGAACUUUUCAUGAACAAUCAACAACCAGAAGUUUAAAUCAUGCACAUAAUAAUCACACACACACA